AUGCGCGGUAAUUUUCGUCUGGCCGGACCACAUGACGCAAUUACCUCCGGAAUCGAUCGAGAUGAGUUGCAGGUCCGCGUGUGCGCUUCCGACUCUCUGAGCCGCCCCCCCCCCCCCUUCGCCCGGACCCUCUCGCCCUUUGCGGCGCCUUGCGGUUUUGCGAUAGAUGGGGGAAGUUUGACGCGCUCCGAGCCCGACGGAUUCGCCUCUUUCGCUCGUCCGCAAGACGGGGGGGGACGUGGAGAGAUGACGGAGUACGAGGAUCGCGGCGGCUGCGCGUCCAACAUGUAUUUGCCGAGUUGCACUUAUUACGUCUCGACGCCCGAUUUCACAUCAGUCUCCUCCUUUUUACCGCAGACCACCUCGUGCCAGAUCAAUUUCCCCUAUUCCGCCAACAUCGCUCAGGUCCAACCGGUUCGGGAGGUCGCUUUCAGGGAUUACGGACUGGACCAUCCGAGGAAAUGGCACUACAGGGGCAAUUACGCGUCCUACUACUCCGCGGACGACAUCAUGCACCGGGACCUGGUGCAGCCGUCGAGCCGGGCGGACGUGAUCUUCAAAAACGACCCCUUGUACGGCGGCCACCACCACCACCACCACCACCACCACCACCGCGGCGGCGGCGGCGGGGCCGGCGGCGGCGGGGCCGGCGGCUCGCCCUGCAACUUCUUCGCCAACGUCGGCCGCAACGGGGUCCUCCCUCAGGGGUUCGACCAGUUUUUCGAGACUCUGAACUCGGAGAAGUCCGAGUCCGAGCACCCCAAACAAAAGACGGACCACCACGCCGCCGCCGCCGCCGCCGCCGCCCUCGCGAGCGGUGAUAACCAGACUUUAAACAAAGAAGAGGACGGACCGCCAGACACGGACCCGACCGAGACCGUGGACGAGGACGCGUCUUCCAACUGCGGCGACAAGAGCAACGAACAGAGCGCAGCCCGGUCCAGGAAAAAGCGGUGCCCCUACUCCAAAUACCAGAUCCGGGAACUUGAACGAGAAUUCUUCUUCAACGUGUACAUAAACAAGGAGAAGCGCCUCCAGCUGUCCCGGAUGCUGAAUCUGUCGGACCGCCAGGUGAAGAUCUGGUUCCAGAACAGGAGAAUGAAAGAGAAAAAACUCAACCGGGACCGCCUGCAGUAUUUCACCGGGAACCCUCUGUUCUGA